GGUUCCUCGCUGCUAUUUUUAUCUGACAUUGUUUAUCGAUUCUUUUUCACUGGAAAAAGGUGUAAAAAUCCCUGCGCGCGCUUCCUCUGUAUUGUCAACUUCCGCGGAAUUGUUGUUCGUUCGUUCGUUCAUUUUUCGCCCUUAUAAAACACAGCUGUGUGGUUAUUAAUAAAAGCACAGAUGUCUUUAGAGAUUUACUUGCAUGUAGAUUAGAUCUACAGAGAAGUGGCUUGAUUUGCUCUGAAUGUAAAAAAUACCAAGUACCCGGCAGUGGGUGGAGUGACGCUGACGGAGCUGUCUGGGAUGUUAUGACUCUUACACAGUCAUAACAGCAGGAGUUUGAUCCGGUGACAUCGUACCGGUUUUUAAAUGGACAUUAAGGAACUCAGUCAGAGUUUUUCGUUCUCACCGUUGAUCUGUUUGACUCUCACCGUGUUUUUGCUGCAGUUCACCUGCACGUCUGCUGAAGGUCAGUUACAGGUGAUAGGAUCACCUCAUCCCAUCGUGGCCACUCCGGGCGAUGACGUCAUCCUGCCGUGCCACGUGGAGCCUCCGGUGAACGUGGCGGGGUUAACGGUGGAGUGGUCGAGGCCCGACCUUCGACCUUAUCCCAAUGAUCUGCAGAAGCGGGUCGGCUUUGUGCAUCUUUACCGGGACAGCCGUGAGGUCCUGGACAUGAAGAUCUCGUCGUACGUCCUGAGGACGGCGCUGUUCUUAGAAGACCUGAGACGAGGCAACAUAUCGCUCAAGAUCACUAAUGUGACGCUCACAGACGAAGGGAGAUACAGAUGUUUCAUCCCAAAGUUAAAAAGCCUGAAAAAAUCUUCUAUUGUUAAUCUUGAAAUUGAUCAAAGCUCAACUAAUACCUCAACAGAGACGCCGCUAAAUCCCAAAAACCUCCGAACCCCGGGUCCUACCGAAGAGAUGGACAGUGAGGCAGGUGACGUGUCCAGUCGGAGCAGACUGGCCCUCCUUUUCGCCUUUUUGCUGAUUGUGGCUUUUGUAGUCGGAGGAUUUUUAGUACGUGUGUGUGUGUGUGAAAAAAAAAAAAAGAAGGUAAGUCAGACGCUUUAUUUUUUAUUUUUGGAUUCUAUGUAUUUUCUUCAAUGAUAAGUGCUGGAUAAAAUAAAGGAAACAGAAUGUGUAAUUUGUGUGUAGAUCUUUUUCUUUGGGAGACAGUUGACUAAUAAUUUUCUUUUAAUUGUUCCUCCAGCUUAUGACAGCACCUUAAAUAUACCUGUGGGGUUGAAAACUCUGACGCCACUUUCAGGUGCCUUGCUCGGUAAACAUUGUUAAAGGAGAUGAGAGCACUACCCGCUUACCCGGAUAUAAUUAGUUGAUGAAUUCACACCAGAAACGUCUCUGGCCACGAGUGAACUCAGAGGAUCUGCAGAAGAGAGGCUUUCAUGAUGUGGAUUAAAAAUGGACCUGUGAUAUUUAAAUACUGACACCUGCUCUGAUGACAUCUGUUGAGUUGAAAUAGAACUAGUCUGUUCCUCAUUUGAAUUAUAUUUACAUCUGCUGCGUGCACACCCACAUGGACACCGGAAACUUUGCAUGCAGCUUUUAGUUGGACGUGAACACACAGAGGCAUUUCAUCUGUAUUUAGAUACACUUCCUUUGGAGAGAAAAGUCAUCAUUUUAGUUAUGCCCUCCUUUUAUUUGCAGCGUAUGCAUGUUGCAAUAUGCAGGCAUAUUGCAGAUCCAUAUACAAAUAACGCACCAAACAGGUUUGUAUAAUAACAUACUAAAUGCUUUACGGCAGAGUCAUGACAUAUAAGUUCCAAUUCAUGUAAUCUCACCUCCUCCAAUGCAAAUCUCUCCUGUGCACCACUUCCUCAUGUGCGAUGGUGGAUUUCGGUGCGUCGUCCUCACUAACACUUCCGUGAUCAAUAUAUUUAAACAGUAGAUCCGUCUGUUUGUGGAGCGCUUGAGCCUUCAGUAGUCUCCUGUUUCUGUAUCCAAGGCCAGAUCAUUUCAGCUGUUCAGUAAAAGCCGCAGUGUUUCCUUAUCUCCAGUCACAGAGGGAAGCAAAUUGACUAUGGCGCAUAUAUAUAUAUAUAUGUACAUCUUGAUGCCUUUGCCAAAAUGUAUCUAUGGAAGUGUCCUCAUUGUCUGGACCUCUCGCAGGUUAGAUGCACAUCACUGCAGGGCGAUGUAGAAGCCUUUAAAUAAAGUGAGAGGUGGUUAUUUUAAUUCUUCACACUUCCCACUAGACUGGAAUAAAUCAGACUGAGCAGUCGACUGGAGGUCAAGUUUCUCUCCUGUUUUUGUGCUUUUUUAAAAUGACUGUAUUCUGUGUAAAUGAGUAAAAGUCAGUACAGAAUCGAGCUGCCACUAUAUGCAUCAGCGGUGGUGCAUAUCACUUACCACAGCAUCUGCAGUUUUGCCAUGUGAACCUGAAAGUUGAAUUUCCUUACUAAUGAAGCUGUUUUUCAUCUGUGAACUCUGUUCCCUCGACAUUGACAAAGCGCCUUUGAACACGUGUCUGAGUAACUGGUUGAUUUAUUAACUGCUAUUUAAUUGAAUGUGAAAUUAAAGCUUUUUCACAACUCUA